ACACUUCUGCACUUCAGUGACCAUACACAAGCACCUGCACCUUGAUUGCCACAUGGCGAUCAAGUUGUGUCUCGCGGGUUCAAGCCUCUGGGUUGCUAAGGCGUGAGGCUUUUCAUUCUAGACGAGAUGCCGGUAUCUGCGCGGCAGCCACGCAGGCUGUCCCCCGCCCUGGUGCUGGCGGCGGUGGCGGCGGCGGCAUACCUCAACACCCUGCCCGCCCAGUUCACCUUUGACGACUCCUUUGCCGUGGUGUACAAUGGUGAUGUGACGGAUCUGAACAAGCCACUUCUGGCUGUCUUCCGAAACGACUUCUGGACAUUCGGUCACCAAUGUCCCACAAAUCUUACCGCCCCUUGACCACCCUCUCCUUCCGUGCCCAGCACUGGGCUGGCUGGACAUUGCGGCAAGGGCUAGGGGUCGAGGAGGUCGACCAAGACUGGCAGCAGCAGGGGGGCCAGCGGCGCAACGAGCAGGGCCGCACAGCCAGGCCAUUUGUGUUCCACCUCACAAAUGUGGUUGCCCAUGCGGCGGUGACCGCUCUGGUGUACCGCCUGGCCUGCCAGCUGGAAGCUGCCCGCCGGCUGCCCAGCAGACCAGUGUCAGCUGCUGCUGGCAGUUGCAGCACUGCUUCCAGCUUGGUGGCAAAGCUUGAGCCCUUCCUUGCAGCGCUGCUGUUUGCGCUGCACCCGGUGCACACUGAAGCGGUGGCGGGCAUUGUGGGGCAUGCCGAGCUGCUCUGCGCCGCCCUCUCCAUCCCUGCCCUGCUCUGCUACAUGGCAGCAGCCGACGGCCGGGUGGCCGACAUGGGCUCACACUGGCGGCACGUGGCGGCGGCCAUGCUGCUUGGCUGGGCGGCGGCGCUGACAAAGGAAAUAGGCAUCACUAUUGGCCUGAAGCUGAAGCUCCAGCGCAUGGCACUGGCGGCAGCGGCGGUGCUGCUGUACAUACAGGCCAGGUCCUGGCUUGCGGGCGACCAGCUGGUGCGCAUUUAUCGCAAGAUUGAGAACCCCAUCCCGUUCUCCCGGUCCUCCCUCACACGCGCGCUCACAACUGGCUACCUGCAUGCCCGCUACGCGGGCCUACUAGUUGCACCGCUGCAGCUGUCAGCCGACUGGUCUUACGCCUGCAUUGACUAUGUGAGCAGCCUGUACGACCCCCGUAACCUGGCCACAGCAGCACUAUACGCUGCUUUGCUGGCUUUGCUGCUAGCAGCCAGGCCCUGGGACGUCGUACUGGAGUGGGCGGCGGGGCGGAGGGGCGGGGCGCUGUCGCAGGCGCAGCAUGAGCGGCGGUGGCGCUUGGCAGUGGCUGCGGGCCUGCUGGUGGGGCCUUUCUUCCCGGCCUCCAAUGUGCUCUUCUAUGUGGGCACCUUCAUUGGGGAGCGCCUGCUCUACUUCCCAUCAGUUGGCUAUUGCAUCUUGCUGGCGCAGCCGCUGGCUGCGGCAGUGCAGCCCCUAGCACAGUGCUGCGCCAUGGGCAGCAGCGGCACCCCUGCCGGCGCCAAUCGUAACGGCACAAACGGCAGCGCAAAGCCGCCGCGAUGGCGGAAUGCUCGAACAGUGGCGGCGGCCCUGGUGCUGGCAGCCCUUCUGUCUUUCUUCACUGUCAAGACAGUGCUUCGCAAUCGGGAUUGGAUAGACGAGGAACGGCUGUUUAUUGCAGCACAAAAGGUAUGUUGGCGCAGCGGCAAGGUGCAGCUGAACAGUGGCAUCAUCGAGCGGCGGUACGAGCGGUGGGAGCAGGCGGAAGCGCACUUUCGGCUGGCGCAGGCUGCCGAUCCGUAUGGGUACUGCGAGCCGCAGUACCACAUCGCCCUCACCCUGCUCAGCCGCAACCUGACCAGGGCAGUGGAGUAUUUGGAGCGUGGUGUGGCGUGCAAGUACACGGCGGCAGACUCCAUCAAGGCCCUCAACCAGAUCUACCUGCAGCUGCUGGACCGCAACCCAGACCACAGCGCCACCCUGCUGGAGCGCUGGGCCAGCGUGCUGGCCCGCCCCCAGCUGCAGCGCUUCACCGAGGCAGCCACCUACUUCGAGAAUGGGGCCUCCAAGGUGGAGACCUCGCUGCAGGCCAUGGUGCUGCUCAACAGGGCCCAGGCCAUCCUCAAGGAGGCGCAGGCAGUGGACGUGGGGCGCACGCCAGAGUUCCCGGUCAGGGUGCCGGCCUCACGGCGCCAGCUGGACCACCUGCUGCGCUGCAUGCUUGCGCGGCGCCCCGUCAUCCUGGCCAUGCUGGAGGCGCACGGCAACCUGCAGGCACCAGGCGUGAAGCAGGCGGCGUACAGCUACCUGCGCGAGCAUGGCGAGGAGUGCCGGCAGCCCAUGCCAGUGCAGGAGGGCGCCGACCCUGAAGACAGGGUGGCUCGCUCUACCACCUUUCACACAGGACUGAUGCAUGCGCUCCAGGAGGCAGAUGUGAAUGACCCCUGGCUCCAGCAGGAGUGGGGGCUAAUGCUGGUGGCCAGCGGGCGCACACAGGAGGCGCUUGCGCACCUGGAAGUGGCAGGCCACAUUUUCGCUGCCCAGCUGCAGCCGCCCAGGGCAGCGCUUGGGAAAGGGCUGAAGCGCGGCGCGGUGCUGGAUGCCGAGGGCGAGCGCGCGAUCAGCGAGGCACAGGCGGCACAAGCUGCUGUCGCCGCAUACCGGCACGCCAAGGCAGCUGUGGAGGCGCUGAGCGCGGCACGAGGCCGGCUGGACCCUGUCGCGCGGCUACGCGUGCUCUGCCACCUCCAGCAUCAGCAGUGCAGUGUGGCACAGCAGCAGGCCAGGCUGGGGCGGGAGGCGCAGCGUGCGGCAGCGGCUGGCGAGCUGCAGAGGUGCUUGGCGGAAGGGCUGGCGCUGGGCUGCCCUGCGGACGGCGGCGAUGCUGAGCGCAGCACAGCAGCAGCAGGAGGGCAGCCAGAUGCAGCAGUGCGCAGGGGUGCGCAAGAUGAGUUAUAGGGCACCUCAUUCUUGGUAUCUGCUUUUGCCUGCCUGAUGUCUGUCGGCGUGCUUUAUCGAGCGCUGUGCGAAAUCGGUUCACCAGGCCUGCUUAGCCGCUCGCACCAAGCAUUUCCUCCUGUGGCAUUUUCUCACAUA